GUUUGAAUGUCAGCAGCGGGAGGUUGAAGUAGGCGGCCUCGUGGUUAUUGUUGCAUAUUUGCAAACGGCCACCGGGACGGACGCAUCUGUCCGUGUUUUGUAGUUUUUUGGUGCUGGAUUGGACGAGGCGCUCAGUGAACAUGGAGAGACAGGUACACAUGACCAUGGCCCGCCUGGGGGUCCAGGAGGACCGGCGCAGAGAGUCAGUAGACCCGGGCGAGGAGCAGUUCCUUAAGAGUCUGUACCUUUUCAUGAAGAAGCGAGACACUCCCAUCGAGAGGAUCCCUCACCUGGGCUUCAAACAAAUUGAUCUAUACGUCAUGUUCAAGACGGUCAGAAGCUUUGGGGGCUACCACCAGGUGACGGCCCAGCAGCUUUGGAAGCAAGUCUACAACUCGCUGGGAGGGAACCCACGCAGCACGAGCGCGGCCACCUGCACCCGCCGCCACUAUGAGAAGCUGCUGCUGCCGUACGAAUGCCAUCUGAAGGGACAGCGGAUGAGCGCCAUACUGCCGCACCCCAUGGAACACUUUCGCUACCACGGUUAUAGCCCGGAAGACAGAGUCUGCGACGGCCCCAGACCGGCCAAACGCAAGCUGAUGUCAAUGCCGCUGCACCACCAGAACCCCUCCAACCUCCAGUCAGGCACUCAUCGGAGCCUCUUUCCUCUACCAUUCCGACCCCCACACUACUACCACCCGAGUCCCUCGGUUCUUCCCCCUUACGUCCCCAUGCCUCCCUCUGUUGUGGCAUCGCGCAACCAACCAACAGUCCCCCCGACCAAAUUCUCUUUCCCCCCAUGUGGACCAAAGCCUAAAGAGAGGGUGAAGGAGCCUCUGGAGCAUUUGCGCUACCUGGCGGAACAGUAUAAGUCUUCAUCUGGACUGAGUGAGCCUCUCAACCUGAGCAUUAAAGCACCGUGUCAGAGGACCGACAAAAUCCCAAAGUCAUCAUUCGCACCGCCUUUGUCCGGCAAAACACCAAAGUUUUUGAACACGCCCUCCUCGCUGUACACGCCACAAUACCCGCAGGUAGCAAGGAAAGAAGGUAGCAGAAAGCCGGAUGAAGCAGCGGCUGCAGGAGUAGUGCCAUACCCCGAAAAAGCGAGGGAGGACGUCGUGGUGGACCUCACCGGGAAAGAAGAAAGCAGAAAGCCGGAUGAAGCAACGGCUGCAGGAUUAGUGCCAUACCCCGAAAAAGUGAGGGAGGACGUCAUGGUGGACCUCACCUCGAAGAGUAGCCCAGAGUAUGACGGAAGCCCGACAGAUUGCGGAAAUAUGACAAAAGAGCAACUGGCGAGUCCAGAAGGGAGGAGACUCAAUCCCAGUCACAUACCUGCCGAAAACAACAGCAAAAUGGAGAUUGAAAUCCCUCUGUCCGUGUUCCACAACUGGCUACGGCUGUACGGCCCGCACGGUGCGGCAAACAACGCGAAGCAGCUACCUCAGCAGCUACUUCAGCAGGUACCUCGCCACCUGCAGGUGGAGGAAGCGGAGCGAAGGAGCAAGGGCAUGCUCCCAACCAAUCUAUCAUUUCACUUUACCUCCCACCGGCAGAGCUCCACAAUCGAAGAUCUGAGGGUGGUGAACAGAAAAGUGCCAAGCCCGAGGUCGAGCGGCCAGGCAGCAGCGACUCCCCAGGUCCGAAGCCACAAGAGUUUCCCCGACUACUCGCCUUCCAGCAGCGUUCAAAAACCUGCCGCCACCGUGGAUGUCUGUCCGUUUCCCUCGCAGGGAAUGUCUUUACCACACAGAUCCAAACCCCCAACGUAUUGGGAGGCCCUCGCUAAGGAGAGACCCCCGAGUCCCCCUGCAGUUCCGCAAGACCUCACGGUGACGACGAGCCGCCACGGCGACAUCAAGCCGGCAAGUCCGAAGGCGGUCGAGACGAGGCUCUCGUCAUCGUCUUUGCUGAUGAUGAAUUCUGGCUCUGCCUCAGUGCUGCAGCUCACCAGUGAGGAGGUGAUGAAGCUAAAGAAAAUCAUCUCCAGCUCUUCGUGACGCAUGCGGCCAUGUGCCGGCACAGACUGCCUUAAAUCCGUCCAAUGAGUUCCAUUUUGACAAUGUGCAUGGCACUAUGCUUGUUUCCUGUUUUGUAAAUCACCUAUUUACAUGUAA